CGCGAGCGCGCGUGUGUCCGGGGCCGUUCGGAGGAGGAAGGCGGACGGAGCGACUCUGCGUUCGCUAUAAGAACUUUAUUAUUUUUAAUAUGUGUCUCGGUUCGCGAGAGUCCCGCUUCUUACAGGAACGCGGGGACUUUGAAGAAGAGCUUCCAGCGGGACUUUAACUUACUGUGUGCGCGCGCGUGCGUGAAGUUUGAGAACGAAUCGACCACGUCGCUACAAAAGAGAGUAACUGGAAACUUGCGAGUGUUAAUGGCAGGAUGCAGUGUCGCGCGGUGGAGGCGCGCGCCCCGUAGUGUGUGUGACCGCGUGCGUAGAGUAACGUAACUUCAACUUGUAAGUGUGAGAGAGAGAGAGAGAGAGAGAGACGCCGGCGGCGGGAUGCUGAAGACUCUGACGAAGAAGCUGCGCAGACAGUCCCUCAGUGAGAUACACCCGUUCCAGCUCAAGAUCUCGUACCAUGGCAGCGAGGAUGGGGGGGAGAGCGAGGACUCGGAAGGGGAGAAUCAGGAGCUGGCCCAGAUCGACAGGGAACGACGGCGAAACUGCGGGUUGACCCCGCUGGCCACGAGCCAGCAGCACAAUCAGGGGGCGUUGUCUCCAGCCCAGCUCCGGCGUCUCCGGGUGCUGCUGGACCCCGCGCUGGACCGCCACAGCUCCGAGGAGGAGCUGGAACGCAUCAGCCGCGACUUCCUGCAGCCGGCCGGAGAGGGCAGGAAGUGGACGCUGCACCAGUGCGCCGCCGAGCACAGCAGCGCCUCCAGCGACGAUGAAGUGAAGGACCUGUGCGGGCCACCGGAACUGGGGUCCUGCACUGCUGCCGCACCCAGCCCCGUCCUCUUCAGCGCCUCCCCGCCACGUGGACUCCGCCCUCCCGCCCGGGGCCAGGUGCGGCCCGUCACCCUGACCCACUUUGACCAGCCGGCGGCACCCUACCGGAGGCACAGGAUGGGGUACAGCGGCGACCAGGGGAGGCCCAGCCUGGACCUGGAGAAAAUGCAACAGAAGAUGCUUCUCAAAAAGAACUGUGGAGGGAAGACCAGGACCAUAAAGAUCAGGAACCUGAACAGCAGCCGUCCACCUCCCAGGUACGCCUACGACCCCUCCGUCUUUGCCUUCCGCUCCCUGAGCACCGUCUCCCCCCGCAGUUCGCUCACCCCCCCGGAAGAGCCCCCGGCGACCUGAACAUCUGCCUGCUUUCCCUGGUGAUGUGGACUCCUGGAGGAAAACGGCAAAAUGAAGACCUAUCUAAGUGUAUAUACAUGUAUGCCCGUUUAGGAACCGAAACCUCGAGGCUUUCUCAUGGCGAAUCUAGGACUCUGUUGCAGUAAUGAUAAAUGUAAUAGUUGAGAAAGAAGCCUGACGCAUCCGGCAACUCCCUGUCACAGACGCACUCUCAGGAAUGGUGCUGGCAACACGGUGCGUCAGCAAGGAUUCAUCCCUCCGAAGGGGAGGAAGGGGUGGUGCCGCUCUUGGGAACAGCCUAAAGGUACCGGCCGACAACUCGUAGAAUCCUUCAGGAAUUUGUGAUCGGCUCCGUUGGGCCAUUUUCCACUGGCAGCAGUUAAAAGCCCAAAAGUUUAAUAGAGGAACAAAUAAAAAGCACAAGUUGGAAACAAGCGUGGCCAAAAGCAGCAAACAUCUGCCUGACAUCCCUACGCACGUCUUGGAGAGGGUGCGCACCACGUUUGAGCCGUCCCUUUUGUAAAGCUUGCGUUACGUUAUACAUAUUUCAAAUGUGUAUUUAAGGGGGGAGGGGAAAAAAAAAAAAAAUCCCAAAGCUGUACUGCAGCAUCCUCACGGAUCGCUGUCCCUCCUGUCCGCGAGAGGGUGACACACAGCGCUGGUUAAAGCUGACCGUGAAGACACACGGUCCUCUCUGGACUGAUGACAUCUGUCAGCUAAUUUGUUACACCCUUUCGGGCAGCAUCCUUUGUCCUUUUAGAGACGCACUGAGAAUGAACCCAACGCGCGUUCCUUUGACGCUCAAGUAAAGGACGACCGUCUCCGAAGUGAGACAGCCAGUGUGUGCAAGACUCAUGCUCUUCAUGAAGUCAGACGCUGAAGUCUGCGACGUUCGGCCUUCUCUCCGGCACCGAACAUAAACUGACAGCUUUGGGAUAGACCGCAAGGCCCUGACUGUGUUACCGAUGUUCCUGUGUAGAUGCACCGCGAUCAGAACGUGAGUAUAUGUGCACAGGAAUGAGCUUCACACAGAGCGAAGGAGGGGCGUUCUGUUCUUUGUCUGUCGCUUGCGUUUCAUUCUAAACAAUAAAUGCCUCAUGUU